UAUGUAGCCUUUUCAUUUUCAUGAGAGUGAAGUGAUUUUUAGAAUUCUUAGUCCUUUUCUUUAGAAGAACAUUUCUACGGAAUAAUACAAGAAGAUUUAAGAAUCAUUGAAGUUAUAAAACUUUGGAAUGAACAAACUCAGAAUGGUGCUACUUGAAGACUCUGGAUCUGCUGACGUCAGAAGACAUUUUGUCAACUUGAGUCCCUUCACUAUUGCUGUGGUCUUACUUCUCAGUGCCUGUUUUGUCACCAGUUCUCUUGGAGGAACAACCAAGGAGCUGAGGCUGGUGGAUGGUGAAAGCAAGUGUAGUGGGAGAGUGGAAGUGAAAGUCCAGGAGGAGUGGGGAACGGUGUGUAAUAAUGGCUGGAGCAUGGAAGCGGUCUCUGUGAUUUGUAACCAGCUGGGAUGUCCAACUGCUAUCAAAGCCACUGGAUGGGCUAAUUCCAGUGCAGGUUCUGGACGCAUUUGGAUGGAUCACGUUUCUUGUCGUGGGAAUGAGUCAGCUCUUUGGGACUGCAAACAUGAUGGAUGGGGAAAGCAUAGUAACUGUACUCACCAACAAGAUGCUGGAGUGACUUGCUCAGAUGGAUCCGAUUUGGAAAUGAGGCUGACGAAUGGAGGGAAUAUGUGUUCUGGAAGAAUAGAGAUCAAAUUCCAAGGACAGUGGGGAACAGUGUGUGAUGAUAACUUCAGCAUCGAUCAUGCAUCUGUGGUUUGUAAACAACUUGAAUGUGGAAGUGCUGUCAGUUUCUCUGGUUCAGCUAAUUUUGGAGAAGGCUCUGGACCAAUCUGGUUUGAUGAUCUUAUAUGCAACGGAAAUGAGUCAGCUCUCUGGAACUGCAAACAUCAAGGAUGGAGAAAGCAUAACUGUGAUCAUGCUGAGGAUGCUGGAGUGAUUUGCUCAAAGGGAGCAGAUCUGAGCCUAAGACUGGUAGAUGGAGUCACUGAAUGUUCAGGAAGAUUAGAAGUGAGAUUCCAAGGAGAAUGGGGGACAAUAUGUGAUGACGGCUGGGACAGCCAUGAUGCUGCUGUGGCAUGCAAGCAACUGGGAUGUCCAACUGCUAUCACCGCCAUUGGUCGAGUUAACGCCAGUGAGGGAUUCGGACACAUCUGGCUUGACAGUGUUUCUUGCCAGGGACAUGAACCUGCGGUCUGGCAAUGUAAACACCAUGAAUGGGGAAAGCAUUAUUGCAAUCACAAUGAAGAUGCUGGCGUAACAUGUUCUGAUGGAUCAGAUCUGGAGCUAAGACUUAGAGGUGGAGGCAGCCGCUGUGCUGGGACAGUUGAGGUGGAGAUUCAGAGACUGUUAGGGAAGGUGUGUGACAGAGGCUGGGGACUGAAAGAAGCUGACGUGGUUUGCAGGCAGCUGGGAUGUGGAUCUGCACUCAAAACAUCCUAUCAAGUAUACUCCAAAAUCCAGGCAACAAACACGUGGCUGUUUCUAAGUAGCUGUAACGGAAAUGAAACUUCUCUUUGGGACUGCAAGAACUGGCAAUGGGGUGGACUUACCUGUGAUCACUAUGAAGAAGCCAAAAUUACCUGCUCAGCCCACAGGGAACCCAGACUGGUUGGAGGAGACAUUCCCUGUUCUGGACGCGUUGAAGUGAAGCAUGGUGACACAUGGGGCUCCGUCUGUGAUUCGGACUUCUCUCUGGAAGCUGCCAGCGUUCUAUGUAGGGAAUUACAGUGUGGCACAGUCGUCUCUAUCCUGGGGGGAGCUCACUUUGGAGAGGGAAAUGGACAGAUCUGGGCUGAAGAAUUCCAGUGUGAGGGACAUGAGUCCCAUCUUUCACUCUGCUCAGUAGCACCCCGCCCAGAAGGAACUUGUAGCCACAGCAGGGAUGUUGGAGUAGUCUGCUCAAGUAAGACCCAGAAAACAUCUUUAGUUGGUUCUCAUACUGUGAAAGGGACGGGAUUAGGGAAUCAUAGCUGUCUUUUUCUAAAGCCCUGUCUCCUUCCAGGAUACACAGAAAUUCGCUUGGUGAAUGGCAAGACCCCAUGUGAGGGCAGAGUGGAGCUCAAAACGCUUGGUGCCUGGGGAUCCCUCUGCAACUCUCACUGGGACAUAGAAGAUGCCCACGUUCUUUGCCAGCAGCUUAAAUGUGGAGUUGCCCUUUCUACCCCAGGAGGAGCACAUUUUGGAAAAGGAAAUGGUCAGGUCUGGAGGCAUAUGUUUCACUGCACUGGGACUGAGCAGCACAUGGGAGAUUGUCCUGUAACUGCUCUGGGUGCUUCACUAUGUCCUUUAGGGCAAGUGGCCUCUGUAAUUUGCUCAGGAAACCAGUCGCAAACACUGUCCUCAUGCAAUUCAUCAUCUCUGGGCCCAACAAGGCCUACCAUUCCAGAAGAAAGUGCUGUGGCCUGCAUAGAGAGUGGUCAACUUCGCUUGGUAAAUGGAGGAGGUCGCUGUGCUGGGAGAGUAGAGAUUUAUCAUGAGGGCUCCUGGGGCACCAUCUGUGAUGACAGCUGGGACCUGAGCGAUGCCCAUGUGGUGUGCAGACAGCUGGGCUGUGGAGAGGCCAUUAAUGCCACUGGUUCUGCUCAUUUUGGAGAAGGAACAGGGCCCAUCUGGCUGGAUGAGAUGAAAUGCAAUGGAAAAGAAUCCCGCAUUUGGCAGUGCCAUUCACAUGGCUGGGGGCAGCAAAACUGCAGGCACAAGGAGGAUGCAGGAGUUAUCUGCUCAGAGUUCAUGUCUCUCAGAUUGACCAGUGAAGCCAGCAGAGAGGCCUGUGCAGGACGUCUAGAAGUUUUUUACAACGGAGCUUGGGGCAGCGUUGGCAGGAGUAGCAUGUCUGAAACCACUGUGGGUGUGGUGUGCAGGCAGCUGGGCUGUGCAGACAAAGGGAAAAUCAACCCUUCAUCUUUAGACAAGGCCAUGUCCAUUCCCAUGUGGGUGGACAAUGUUCAGUGUCCAAAAGGACCUGACACGCUGUGGCAGUGCCCAUCAUCUCCAUGGGAGAAGAGACUGGCCAGGCCCUUGGAGGAGACCUGGAUCACAUGUGACAACAAGAUAAGACUACAAGAAGGACCCACUUCCUGUUCUGGACGUGUGGAGAUCUGGCAUGGAGGUUCCUGGGGGACAGUGUGUGAUGACUCCUGGGACUUGAACGAUGCUCAGGUGGUGUGUCAACAACUUGGCUGUGGUCCAGCUUUGAAAGCAUUCAAAGAAGCAGAGUUUGGUCAGGGGACUGGACCCAUAUGGCUCAAUGAAGUGAAGUGCAAAGGGAAUGAGUCUUCCUUGUGGGAUUGUCCUGCCAGACGCUGGGGCCACAGUGAGUGUGGACAUAAGGAAGACGCUGCAGUGAAUUGCACAGAUAUUUCAGCGCACAAAACCCCACAAAAAGCCACAACAGGUCACACAUCCCGUCAGUCAUCCCUUAUUGCAGUAGGAAUCCUUGGAGUUGUUCUCUUGGCCAUUUUCAUCGCAUUAUUCUUGACUCAAAAGCGAAGACAGAGACAGCGGCUUACAGUUUCCUCAAGAGGAGAGAACUUAGUCCACCAAAUUCAAUACAGGGAGAUGAAUUCUUGCCUGAAUGCAGAUGAUCUGGACCUAAUGAAUUCCUCAGAAAAUUCCAAUGAGUCAGCUGAUUUCAAUGCUGCUGAACUAAUUUCUGUGUCUAAAUUUCUUCCUAUUUCUGGAAUGAAAAAGGAGGCCAUUCUGAGGCACACUGAAAAGGAAAAUGGGAAUUUAUAACCCAGUGAGCCUUGAAGAUACCUUGAUGAAGACCUGGACUAUUGAAUGGAGCAGAAAUUCACCUCCCUCACUGACUAUUACAGUUGCAUUUUUAUGGAGUUCUUCUUCUUCUAGUAUUCCUAAGACUGCUGCUGACUUUAUAAAAAUUAAGUUUGUGAAUGUGACUACUUAAUAGUGUAUAUGAGACUUUCAAGGGAAUUAAAUAAGUAAAUAAAUAAGAAUAUUACUGAUUUGA